AUGAGUAAAUCUUUGGUUUCAUAUUUGAAAUAUUUAGAAAGAAAAAAGUUUAAGACUGUAUGUUAUUUCUUUCAGAUCAUGGAAAUCAAAAAAAUUUGGAACAAUACAUUUUACAGAAUUUAAUAGAGGAUGAUAAUGGAUAGAAAUUGUAUGAUUUUAGAAAUAACAUCAAACAAAUUACUAAUGUCUUAAAAACAAUAAAAGAUCAUGGCUUCAAUAAGUUAGGCUAUUCAAAUAAAGAAUAUGAAGAAUCUACAAAGGAUCUAAUAAAAGGAAUAAAAUAAUGAUAGAUAAAUCAUAGAAUUUUUGAAAUUUUUAGUUCAUCUUACAUCUAUGGAUAAUACUUUUAUAUAAUGUGGGUCUAAUUCAUUACAUAUAUUAGUUUAGAUGAAGGUGAGUCUUAGCAACAACAAUUUUGAAAAUAUAAAAAUCUAAAAUAUUUCUUUGGUUGGAGCUAAUUUUUUUAGGUGUAAUUUUAGUGGAUCUAAAUUUAAUAAUGUCAACAAAAGUGGAAUAAAUCUGAAUUAAACUUUAUUAUUGAACUGUAAAUGGAAAAACUUAAGAAUUCAUGAAUUAAAUUAUGUAAAUGGUCAUACCAAUGCAGUAAAAUCUGUUUGUUUCUCUCCAGAUGGAAAUACAUUAGCUUCUGGUAGUGAUGAUAACUCUAUCCGUCUAUGGGAUGUCAAAACAGGAUAAUAAAAAGCCAAAUUAGAUGGUCAUA